CAGCAAGACACGACCAAACAGCAAAUCAACACCCAAACCGCGAUCGAAAAUGGCAUUCAAGUUCUUGGCCGUCGUUGCUCUGCUUGCCGUUGCAAGUGCCCAGCAUUACGAUCCGCAUCAUUAUCAGCCACAGUACCACCAGUACCACCAUGAGCCGGCCGUCGUCAAGACCAUUCAGCCUGCUUUGAUCAAGACCGUACAGCCUGCUCUGGUCAAGACCGUGAAGCACGUCGAGUACCCAGAAGCCCCGGCCGAGUACCAGUUCCAGUACUCCGUCCAUGAUGAGCAUACCGGAGACAUCAAGAGCCAACAGGAGGAACGUCACGGAGAUGAUGUCAAGGGACAGUACACCCUAAUCGAUGCCGAUGGUCAUCGUCGCGUCGUCGACUACACCGCCGAUGAGCACAACGGAUUCAACGCCGUCGUCCGCCGUGAGCCUCUGGAGGGACACAAGAUCGUCAAGACGAUCGCCCCAGUUGCGAAGGUGAUUGCUCCUCUUCCGGUCGCCAAGGUGUACACCGCCCCGAUUGCCAAGGUUAUCGCUCCUCAGGUGCACUACAGCCACCAGCCCCACUACGAUCAGCACUACUAAGUGGUUCGAUUACUAUAAGAUUCUUUCCACGGAGCAGCCUAUAACAAGCCAACCGUCCAUUUUCAUUUUCCUCUCAUCUCAUGCUGUCCCAUCUUCCAUCCACAUUAGAACAAUUGUAAUGCCAAUACGAUGUAAAUAAAAUAUCAA